AUGGGCACGGUGAAGGCGUGGGUGGCGGACAACUACACGGGGACCAUGGGGUCGAUGCACAACUCGAUGCAGGUCGCGUACGUGGUCUUCUCCUUCUGCGCAGCCUUCCUCCUCGGCGGCAUCAAAGCGAUGGUGGUCGGCCCGGUGGCGGCGGCGCUGAUGAUUCUGGGCAACGUCGGCGUGAUCCUCGUCCUCUUCCCGGCGCACGUUUAUUGGACCAUCUACUCCGUCAUCAAGACGGACCGCAUCAACGCUGGCCUGAAGCUGGCGCUGGCCAUCGCGCUGCCGGUGCUGUUCGGCCUCUGGCUUGGCCUGGGCAUCUUCGGCAGCGCGCUGGUGGCUCUCGGCUAUGGCUUCUCCACGCCGUGGAUCUCCACCUUCGAAGCGUUCCGGCAGGAGAGCGAGUCCGACAAGUUCAUCCAUGGCAUUGUGGACGGGACAUGGGGGACGAUCAAGGGCAGCUGCACUGUGGUGAGGGACUUCGCCGACAUGUGCUUCCACUCCUACCCCGCUUACCUCGAGGAGUUCCGCCAGUGCUCCGACGACCGCCAGCCCCACUCCAUAAGGCUGCUGGACGUGCCUUCGUGUAUCCUCGUCGGCGUCCUGGGGCUGGCCGUGGACAUACCGCUCUACACGGUGAUCGCGCUGAUCAAGAGCCCCUACAUGCUCUUCAAGGGCUGGCAGAGGCUGCUGCACGACCUCAUCAGCCGCGAGGGCCCCUUCCUGGAGACGCUCUGCGUGCCCAUCGCCGGCCUCGCCAUCCUCUUCUGGCCCCUCGUGGUGGUUGGGAGCGUCCUGCUUGCCGUCGUCUCUAGCAUCUUCGUGGGGCUCUACGGGGCUGUCAUCGUCUACCAGGAGAAGUCAUUCCGGAGAGGAGUUUCCUACGUGGUCACCAUGGUCGCGGAGUUCGACGAGUACACGAACGACUGGCUUUACCUUCGUGAAGGGACAAUUCUUCCAAAGCCAUCCUACCGGAAGAGAAAAGCAUCCGAUUCCGCAGAGUUCUCUGUCCGACCAAGUGCUUCUGUUAGGGGAGGCGACUAUCCUAGUACUUCCAGUGAAGCACCAGCAAUGCUGGUUCCAACUUUGGUUCCAGCGAGAUCGGUCCGAGAGGCCAUACAGGAGGUCAAGAUGGUCCAGAUAUGGGCAAAUAUGAUGAAGUCCUGCGAGAUGAGGGGCAGAGACCUUUUGAAUUUGAAUGUCAUAACCGCUGUUGAUCUGACCGAGUGGUUAAGAACAAGCGAUAGUGGCAAUGAAACGAUAAACCUGGGAAUCACUUCUUACUCUAUGCUGUGCAACGUCCUCCAGUCAAUCAAGGCUGGUUCUGCAGGGCUGCUGCUGGACAACGGCGUCGAGGUCGAUCAGCAAAACCGCCCGCAAGACCUGUUGCUAGAUUGGUUCUUCCAUCCUGUGCUAGUACUCAAAGAUCAAAUACAGGCGCUCAAAAUGACGGAGCAAGACCUGAGAUUCUUGGAGAAGCUCACACUUUUCGUUGGCAAUUCAGCAAGAGCACAAGCUUGGGAUAACGGUGCUGAGACCCCCCAGGAUCCUGUAAGGACAGCGCAGAUCCAGGCAAUCAGUCGAAGGAUGAUUGGAAUAGUGAGGAGCAUGUCAAAGUUCCCGACGUACCGGAGGAGAUACAGGCACGUCGUGAAGCUACUCCUCGCCUACUCCGUGGAGCGGGAAGGGUCGAUCGGAUCGUCGGUGUCAGGUCAAUCUGUUUCCUACGAGAUAACACAUCUCGAAGUAUAGAUUGAUGUCGUCUUCAGUGAUCAGGAGCAGCUAGUUGGCACAUCUUUUCGCUCUUUCUGUUCAAGUAGAUAGAUAUUCAAUCGCACGCCGUUUUUGUCUGUGCCUCGCCUGUUUAAAGUCUACUAGGAGCUUUUGCCAAUGUGUAUAGUUUGUGUGCUGAGAAUUCACACACGAACACCCGUCGUGCUGUACAUUCUUGUAUAUACUCUUUUUUUGGGGUUCUUUUGAUUGAU